AUGGCGAAAUUCCCCUCAUACGUUGUUGGUGUCGGAUUGACCAAAUUUAUCAAGCCCAGGGGGCUGGUGGAUUACCCAGAACUCGGAUUUGAGGCAGGCGUUAAAGCCAUGUUAGAUGCCGGAAUCAACUACGAUCAAGUUGACCAAGGGAUCGCAUGCUAUUGUUAUGGAGAUUCGACAUGCGGUCAACGUGUUUUCUAUCAAUUCGGAAUGACACAAAUACCCAUUUACAAUGUCAACAACAAUUGCGCUACAGGUUCUACAGGACUUUUCAUGGCGUCUCAGCUAAUAGCCGGAGGGCUUGCUGAUUGCGUGCUUGUUGUGGGAUUCGAGAAGAUGGCUCCAGGUUCCCUCAAGUCGGCCUACAGUGAUCGAGCACCGCCAAACGAACGCACUGUCGAAAUGAUGAGAACAACCCGCGGUUAUGACACCAAAGUCCCCAGGGCCCCGCAGACGUUUGGAAAUGCUGGGCGUGAGUACAUGGAGAAGUUUGGAGCAAGAUUGGAGGAUUUCGCGGAGAUCGCUCGGGUGAAUCAUCAGCACUCGGCGAAAAAUCCUUACAGCCAAUUUCAGGAUGUUUACACACUGGAAGAAAUAAUAAAGAGCCCAAUGAUUCAUUACCCACUAACGAAGUUGCAAUGCUGUCCAACUUCAGACGGUGGAGCAGCUGCCGUCAUCGUCUCGCAGAAAUUUCUCGAUGCCCAUCCUGACCUCAAGUCUCAGGCGAUAUUGAUUGCAGGCUGCGCAAUGGCCACUGAUUCUCCCAGCUUAUACUCCACUUCGGCAAUAGAUCUGGUGGGCUUUGAGAUGACGAAACGGGCUUCAAAGGAAGCCAUGAUCCAAGCUGGUGUUACUCCCAAGGACGUCAAAGUUUGUGAGCUUCAUGAUUGCUUCUCGGCAAAUGAGAUGAUCACCCUCGAUGGACUUGGGUUGUGUGAGCCAGGAACGGCACAUCAAUUCGUUCGGCAAGGCAAUAUUACAUUCGGCGGAACAGUGGUGGUAAAUCCCUCAGGUGGACUCAUUUCGAAAGGCCAUCCACUCGGAGCGACAGGGUUAGCACAAUGCGCAGAGCUAUGCUGGCACCUGCGUGGUUGGGCCACCAAUCGACAUGUCCAAGGGGUUUCCGUUGCACUACAACACAAUCUUGGACUCGGUGGCGCUGCAGUUGUCACAGUCUAUAAACGCGCAGAUGGGCAGUCGAACACGUGCGUUGUGGACGUGUCGAAGGUGUCACGCAUGGGAUACAACCCUGCUUUGGAGGCAAGACCUAUAACGGAGGUGGAUAUUGCGAAAGUAAGAAGUUUUCGCAGUCAUAGUACCUGGAUGGAAGUACGGGAUCGGAAAGUUUCUGCGUUACUCUAG